AUGAGACUCUCAACCCCCCUCCUCAUCCUCCUCCCCCUCUUCCUCGCCACAGUAACAGCAACAUCGGACGCCCCUCUCUCAACCCUAACCAUCCACCCCGCCUGCCCCAGCGCCAUGCCCUCCGACGUUAUCGUAACCCGCUCGAACGUACCCGUACCUUCCUGUGCAGCCGGCAACAAAACAAAGCCCAUGAUCAUCAGCAUGGACGGCGAUAAAACAAUGACGAUGACGGCGGGCGGAGGCGCGAUGAUGACGCCUAGUAUGAGUUCGAGCGGGAGUCCAGCGCAAUUUACUGGUGCAGCCGUGCGUCACAGCGUAGGCGUACUUGGUGGAGGGAUUUUGGCUGUGGUGGGUGGAGCGGUCGUUGCUGUCGUUGUUUAA